AAUUUUUUCUGUCAAAAUAUCUUGACUUCAAAAAUAAGCCCAGGUCAAUGAUACAGUGAUGUAUGUAUUAUUUGUGCCAGAUCUAUUCGCAAACUCCAACCAUUCGGUGAUACCUUUUGCGGGACUUGUUUAUAGACCCCACCGGCGAAUCAGUCUUCGAAAAGUUUUACCCCAAAUCCCGAACCAGCCAGCGGCAGAUCGGCCACCCGCCCACCCGGCGUCGCGACGCGCCGCCGGCCGAUCGCCAUGUCCGACAGCGGCGGGGGCGCGGCGAACCCCGCCCUGGGGCCCGACGCCGACCCGCCCGCCGGCGAGGGCCUGGAGCUGGCGCAGUUCGCGGCGGGGUGCUUCUGGAGCGUGGAGCUGACGUACCAGCGGCUCCCGGGCGUGGCGCACACGGAGGUGGGCUACUCGCAGGGCCACCGCCACGAGCCGACCUACCGCGGCGUCUGCGACGGCGGCACCGGCCACGCCGAGGUGGUGCGCGUGCACUACGACCCCAAGGAGUGCCCCUACGAGGUCCUCCUCGACGUCUUCUGGGCCAAGCACAACCCCACCACGCUCAACAGACAGGGCAACGACGUCGGGACGCAGUACCGGUCGGGGAUCUACUACUACACGGCGGAGCAGGAGAAGGCGGCGCGGGGCUCGCGGGCGGAGAAGCAGAAGGAGUGGAAGGAGAAGAUCGUGACGGAGGUCCUCCCGGCGAGGAGGUUCUACCCCGCCGAGGAGUACCACCAGCGCUACCUCGAGAAGGGCGGCCAGUCCGCCAGGAAGAGCUGCAGCGACCCCAUCCGCUGCUACGGCUGACACCGCCGCCGCUCGCCGGACUGUGUGCGCUCGAUUUGCCGGCAUCGCAUUGCAGAUGUCCAUGCUAAUAAGUAGUGGUGUAUCGUCAAAACCUGCAGCUUAAUUCUGCAUUGCGGCACACACAUUUGUGUUGUGCCCGUGAAACCGUGACUCUGAGAUUAUAACAGUGAGAUUAUAUCAGUGUAACUGUAUUGUAAUGAAUCGUAUUUGCGUAUGGAGGUGCAGUGAAGUCAAUGCUGUC